AUGGCGGCGUCCUGUCUUGCUCUACGCAGCAGCCGUCAGCUGCUGCUGCGGUCGCGUGUGCGGGCUGGUCCCUCACCAGUGGCCCUGCGAUCAGCUUCAAUUUCUCAAUUGAACCUCACCCGACGCAGCUUACACACUCAACAGCCUCAGCAACCCGCUACGCGCCGCGGUGUCUAUACUAGCUCCGUUGCCGCCCAUGGCGAUCCUCACCCCGAGGACAUUUUCCAGCCCCUCGACACUUUCCCCCGUCGCCACAUUGGACCCUCCCCCGAUGCGGCCUCCGAGAUGCUGGCUGCCCUGGACCCUCCAGCGGCUCAUUUGGACCAAUUUGUCAAGCAGGUCCUUCCCGAGGAUAUUCUCUCCAAGAAGGACUUGAAAGUCACUGAGCCCCAUGCCGACAUCAACCUUUAUCGCUCAAGCGUCCAGGGCGGUCUGGGCGAGACUGAUAUGCUGAAGCUGCUGGACACCUACCGUAAGCAGAUUGAUGUCUCAGGCAAGACCUACAUUGGUACUGGUUACUACCCGACCAUUGUGCCUCCGGUUAUUCUCCGUAAUGUCCUGGAGAACCCCGCCUGGUACACCAGCUAUACUCCCUACCAGCCCGAAAUCAGUCAGGGUCGUUUGGAGUCUCUGUUGAACUACCAGACUCUCUCCGCUGACCUGACUGGUCUGCCCUUCGCCAGUGCCUCCCUUCUGGAUGAGGGCACCGCUGCCGCCGAGGCCAUGACCAUGUCCUUCGCUACUAUGCCCGCCUCGAAGCAGAAGAAGGCCGAGAAGUCUUACGUCGUGUCUCACCUGUGCCACCCUCAGACCAUUGCCGUCAUGCAGUCCCGUGCCGAGGGAUUCGGAAUCAACCUGGUUGUGGGAGACAUUAUGGCUGAGAACUUCAAGUUGGUCAAGGAGCAGGGUGAUCACCUGAUUGGUGUUCUCGCUCAGUACCCUGACACCGAGGGUGGUGUCUACGACUUCCAGUCGCUCAGUGACUCCAUCCACAGCCAGGGCGGUACCUUCAGUGUUGCUACUGAUCUGCUUGCUCUGACCAUCCUCAAGGCACCCGGUGAGUUUGGUGCUGACAUUGCCUUCGGUAGCGCCCAGCGAUUGGGUGUCCCCAUGGGCUUCGGUGGUCCCCACGCUGCUUUCUUCGCCUGCGCGGACAAGUACAAGCGUAAGGUUCCUGGCCGUGUUGUCGGUGUGUCCAAGGACCGUCUUGGCAACCGUGCUCUUCGUCUGGCUUUGCAGACUCGCGAGCAGCACAUUCGUCGUGAGAAGGCCACCAGCAACAUCUGUACCGCUCAGGCUCUCCUUGCCAACAUGACUGCCAUGUACGCCAUCUACCACGGUCCCGUUGGUCUGAAGUCAAUUGCCCAGCGUAUCAUGUCUAUGACUUCUCUCCUGCGCCAGAAGCUGGUCGGUCUCGGUUACAAUGUUCCAGUUCGGUCCAACACCGAGGGCGAGGCUGUCUUUGACACUCUUGCCAUUGAGCUCGGUGAUGCUGCUGAGGCUGAUGCCAUUGUUGCUGCCGCUCGCGAUGCUUCCAUCUUCCUCCGCCGUCUCGGCGGUAACAAGGUUGGUCUCUCUCUUGACGAGACCGUUGGCCGUGAUGAGAUCAAGGACAUCCUAAAGGUUUUUGCCGCUCACAAGGGCGCUGCCCCUGUUGAGGUUGAUGGUACUCUCUCCGUCGCAUCUAUCCCUGCUAGCUUGGAGCGUACCUCUGAGUUCUUGACUCACCCUGUGUUCAACACCCACCACUCCGAGACUGAGAUGCUGCGUUACAUCCACCACCUUGAGUCGAAGGAUCUGUCUCUGGCGCACUCCAUGAUUCCUCUUGGAUCCUGCACCAUGAAGCUCAACGCUACCACUGAAAUGAUCCCCGUUUCUUGGCCCGAGUUCUCCAACAUUCACCCCUUCAUGCCUGCUGACAAGGCCAAGGGCUAUAUCCAGAUGAUCGAUGAUCUCGAGGCUCAGCUCGCCGAUAUCACUGGCAUGGCUGAGGUCACCGUGCAGCCCAACUCUGGUGCUCAGGGUGAGUUCGCCGGUCUGCGUGUGAUCAAGAAGUACCAGGAGGCCCAGGGUGACAACCAGCGCAACGUCUGCUUGAUCCCCGCCUCUGCUCACGGUACCAACCCUGCCAGUGCGGCUAUGGCUGGUAUGCGUGUUGUCACCAUCAAGUGUGACACCAAGACUGGUAACCUGGAUCUGGGUGAUCUCAAGACCAAGUGUGAGAAGCAUAAGGAUGAGCUGGCCGCGUUCAUGAUUACCUACCCCAGUACAUUUGGUGUGUUCGAGCCCGGUGCCAAGGAGGCUUGUCGCCUGGUGCACGAGUUCGGCGGCCAGGUCUACAUGGAUGGUGCCAACAUGAACGCCCAGAUUGGUCUGUGCUCUCCUGGCGAGAUCGGUGCUGACGUCUGCCACUUGAACCUGCACAAGACUUUCUGUAUUCCCCACGGUGGUGGUGGUCCUGGUGUUGGCCCCAUUGGUGUCGCCAAGCACCUGGCUCCUUACCUGCCUUCUCACCCUACCAGCGAUGCCAGCAUUCUCCCCAUCACCUUCAACUACAUCAAUAUGAUGGGUGAGCGCGGCCUGACCCACGCUACCAAGAUCACUCUCCUCAACGCCAACUACAUCAUGUCCCGUCUCAAGCCCCACUACCCAAUCCUGUACACUAACGAGCACGGUCGCUGUGCUCACGAGUUCAUCCUCGAUGUGCGUGGAUUCAAGGAGACCUGCGGUGUCGAGGCCAUCGACAUUGCCAAGCGUCUCCAGGACUACGGCUUCCACGCUCCCACCAUGUCCUGGCCCGUCGCCAACACCCUGAUGAUCGAGCCCACAGAAUCAGAGAACAAGGCCGAGCUGGACCGCUUCAUCAACGCCCUGAUCUCUAUCCGUGGUGAGAUCGCUGAGGUGGAAGCUGGCAAGCAACCUCGCGAGGGUAACGUUCUGAAGAACUCACCACACACCCAGCGGGAUCUGCUUCAAAGCGAGUGGAAUCGCCCCUACACUCGUGAACAAGCGGCGUACCCUGUGCCCUGGUUGUUGGAGAAGAAGUUCUGGCCCACAGUCACUCGUGUUGAUGAUGCUUUCGGUGACCAGAAUCUGUUCUGCACUUGUGGCCCUGUCGAAGACAGUGAAUAG